AUUCUUCUAUCUAAAAUCCACGGGCUCCGACGCUCUUCCAUAGCCGCUUUAGAUAUUUUCCCGUUGGUCUGCGCAGGAUUAUCACCGACUGCUUCGCAACAAGUCAAAAUGCCUUCCUUCUCUCAUGCUCUGGCCGGCCCAGGCUAUAUCAUUCUCAAUGUCUUUCGUGUCUUGAAUGUUCUCAGCAUCAUGGCAAUCAUCACCGCCAACUGCGUUCUGCUGAUCAAACUCCCAGUUUACACUAAAUUUUUCGUCUUCGAAUCUAUAACGCACGCCAUUGUCAUCAACAUUUGCAUUUUCCUGAUCUCUUCUGAGCUUUCACUUUUCCGAUCCUAUUUUUACAGAAACUGGCCGCUUCUCAGUCCAAUCCGUGGUUUCGUGACGCUCGGCCUUGCAAUGGUCGUUCUCGGAAUCUCAACCUUGGGAACUUUGAACAGGCAGUCUUCUUCUGAGCAGUCACUGGGCCUUGCUUUCUGGCGGAUUGUCGCUGGAUCAGGCAUUGUUGCGAUUGUUCUCGGAUGCUUCAACAUGCUCAACAGUUUCAUCUUCAGAGACAGCUCGAAUGGCGUGACAGCCCGUCAUGUUCGCUCAUAUGGUGCAGUCGCGCCCCAAAGAGCGCAACUACAGAUGGAAUCUGCCAACUCUGCCUCUUGCAAGUUGGGUCCCUAUAAAUCGUUUCGGCUUUGUCGUCAAUCCACUCUCCACUCCCAUCACUCCGAAAAGAUUUCCCUUCGUUCCAGUCCUGUCGCGGAAAAGGUUCAGCCACUUGGGCCAAGAGUGCCGGUGAACAUUUCUGCACCGCUCAAUCCGAACCCUCAGUUUACGGACUACGUGCGGAUAUCACCGCCAGAUAUGGCGCAUCAUCCGGCUGCUUCAGCUGGGAAUGAAAUGAGACCGUAGCAGCUUUGAUUAACCUUUUAUCCUUGCUUUCUUUUCUUGAUCUUCUGA